GCGCGCUGGCCGCUCACUUCCGCCCGGCAGGUGACAGCCGCGGGGCUCGGAGCGGCCGGCUGCACCGACGCACCGGGUUACGGGGAGGAGGAGGCCGCGGACAUUUUGCUGCCGAGCCGAAUCGAGUCGUGGCCCCGGGAGCCGUUUGGACCUGCGGAGUGUGACCACAGAUAAGGGACCAAAAUGACCGAUUCGAAAUAUUUCACCACGACCAAGAAAGGGGAGAUCUUCGAGCUGAAGGCAGAGCUCAACAGUGACAAGAAGGAGAAGAAGAAGGAGGCGGUAAAGAAAGUGAUCGCAUCGAUGACUGUGGGCAAAGAUGUCAGUGCCCUCUUCCCCGAUGUGGUGAACUGCAUGCAAACAGACAACCUAGAGCUGAAGAAGCUGGUGUACCUGUACUUGAUGAACUAUGCCAAGAGUCAGCCUGACAUGGCCAUUAUGGCUGUCAACACCUUUGUAAAGGACUGUGAGGACCCCAACCCCCUCAUCCGGGCCCUGGCCGUGCGGACCAUGGGCUGCAUUCGAGUUGACAAGAUCACUGAGUACCUGUGUGAGCCACUCCGGAAGUGCCUGAAGGAUGAGGAUCCAUAUGUGCGCAAGACAGCAGCCGUGUGUGUAGCCAAGCUCCAUGACAUCAAUGCCCAGCUGGUGGAGGACCAGGGCUUCCUGGACACCCUUAAAGACCUCAUCUCUGACUCCAACCCCAUGGUGGUGGCAAAUGCCGUGGCUGCCCUCUCAGAGAUCGCCGAGUCUCACCCCAGCAGCAACCUGCUUGACCUGAACCCACAGUCCAUUAACAAGCUGCUGACAGCCCUGAAUGAGUGCACUGAGUGGGGCCAGAUUUUCAUCCUGGACUGCCUGGCUAACUACACACCCAAGGACGACCGUGAGGCCCAGAGCAUCUGUGAGCGGGUCACACCCAGGCUCUCCCAUGCCAACUCUGCUGUGGUGCUGUCUGCUGUGAAGGUGCUCAUGAAGUUCAUGGAGAUGUUGUCCAAGGACCUAGAUUAUUACAGCACGCUGCUCAAGAAGCUGGCCCCGCCCCUGGUCACACUGCUGUCGGCUGAGCCAGAGCUGCAGUAUGUGGCCCUGCGCAACAUCAACCUUAUCGUGCAGAAAAGGCCUGAGAUCCUGAAGCAUGAGAUGAAGGUCUUCUUUGUUAAAUAUAAUGACCCCAUCUACGUGAAGCUGGAGAAGCUGGACAUUAUGAUCCGCCUGGCCUCCCAGGCCAACAUUGCUCAGGUGUUGGCAGAGCUAAAAGAGUACGCGACAGAAGUGGAUGUGGAUUUUGUACGGAAGGCUGUACGUGCCAUUGGCCGCUGUGCCAUCAAGGUGGAGCAAUCUGCCGAGCGUUGUGUGAGUACGCUUCUUGAUCUCAUCCAGACCAAGGUCAACUACGUGGUCCAGGAAGCCAUUGUGGUCAUUAAGGACAUCUUCCGCAAGUACCCUAACAAGUAUGAAAGUGUAAUUGCCACGCUGUGUGAGAACCUGGACUCCUUGGACGAGCCUGAGGCCCGAGCAGCUAUGAUCUGGAUCGUAGGCGAGUAUGCUGAGCGGAUUGACAAUGCAGACGAGCUACUGGAGAGUUUCCUUGAGGGCUUCCAUGAUGAGAGCACCCAGGUCCAGCUGCAGCUGCUGACGGCCAUCGUAAAGCUGUUUCUGAAGAAGCCAACAGAGACCCAGGAGCUGGUGCAGCAGGUCCUCAGUUUGGCCACUCAGGAUUCAGAUAACCCGGACCUGCGGGACCGUGGCUACAUCUACUGGCGCCUGCUGUCCACGGACCCAGUGGCUGCCAAGGAAGUGGUGUUGGCCGAGAAGCCACUCAUCUCUGAGGAGACGGACCUCAUUGAGCCCACACUGCUGGACGAGCUCAUCUGCUACAUUGGCACGCUGGCCUCCGUCUACCAUAAGCCACCCAGCGCCUUUGUGGAAGGGGGCCGGGGCGUGGUGCACAAGAGCCUACCACCCCGCACCGCCUCGAGUGAGAGCACAGAGAGCCCUGAGACGGCCCCUGCUGGAGCCCCAGCUGGUGAGCAGCCAGAUGUUAUCCCCGCCCAGGGCGACCUGCUAGGUGACCUCCUCAACCUGGACCUUGGUCCCCCAGUGAGUGGCCCACCCCUGGCCACCUCCUCAGUGCAGAUGGGAGCUGUGGAUCUUCUUGGUGGUGGCCUUGACAGCCUGAUGGGGGAUGAGCCUGAAGGGAUUGGAGACCCGAGCUUUGGGGCACCCCCAGCAGCAGCAGUACCAGCCAGACUAGGAGCACCCAUCAGCAGUGGCCUUAGUGACCUCUUUGACUUGACCAGUGGUGUGGGCACCCUGUCAGGAUCCUACGUGGCCCCCAAAGCAGUCUGGCUCCCAGCCAUGAAGGCCAAGGGCUUGGAGAUCUCAGGCACCUUCACCCGCCAGGUGGGCUCCAUCUCCAUGGACCUGCAGCUGACCAACAAGGCUCUGCAGGUCAUGACGGACUUUGCCAUCCAGUUCAACCGCAACAGCUUUGGCCUGGCCCCCGCCGCCCCCCUCCAGGUGCAUGCGCCGCUCAGCCCCAACCAGACGGUGGAGACCUCCCUGCCUCUUAACACAGUGGGCUCAGUCAUGAAGAUGGAGCCUCUGAACAAUCUCCAGGUGGCUGUGAAAAACAACAUUGAUGUCUUCUACUUCAGCACCUUAUACCCACUGCACAUCCUCUUUGUGGAGGAUGGGAAAAUGGAUCGGCAAAUGUUCCUGGCCACAUGGAAAGAUAUUCCCAAUGAGAAUGAAGCCCAGUUCCAGAUCAGAGACUGUGCACUCAACGCAGAGACUGUGAGCAGCAAGCUACAGAGCAGCAACAUCUUCACCAUCGCCAAGAGGAAUGUGGAGGGCCAGGACAUGCUCUACCAGUCCCUGAAACUGACCAACGGCAUCUGGGUUCUGGCAGAGCUACGGAUCCAGCCGGGCAACACCAGCUUCAUGCUAUCCCUGAAGUGUCGAGCACCAGAGGUGUCCCAGCACGUCUACCAGGCCUAUGAGACCAUCCUCAAGAAUUGAGGCAUCCAGCACCCACCUAGCCUCCUACCAGCCCUGUCGAAGAGCCGCCGGGGGUAGCAGCACCUCCUCCUCAUGGGAGGGAGGGGGCAGGGCUCCUGGCCAUCCAGGGGGCUCCCUGGCCCUGACUGCAGGGGCCACCAGGUCCUUGGGGCAGAGUGGUCCCCCUCCUGGGGGAGAGCUCAGUGUACCCCAUGCUCUGGUCACCCCUCUUCCAUUGCUGCUCACGUGGGGUCAGGUGAGGGGAGUGAAGGAAACAGCCCGAGUGGCAGUGAAAGCUAAUGCAAGGCUGCAGGGUCCCCUCCUCCGCCUGUGCCUGGGCAUGAGUGUGGCGCUCUCCUCAGGCUCCCAGCUGGAUAGGCCCUGCUGUCUCUCGGGUUGGUGUUAGAGGCCUUCCCACUGCUGCCUCAAGUUGCGUGGACUCUGGCAGCCUGUCCUGGGUAUGUGGGGAGGGUCCCCUGGGUACCAGAAAAGCUGCUGUAUCAGGAUCAGGGGCUCCAGGGUUCAUGGGUGUGACAGGAGCUGAGCUGAGCUAGCCAAGGUGAGCUCUGGGCCUGCACCACCCACCCACCGUCCACAAGUUGGUACCCUGUGACUGCCCCCAUGUCAAGACCACACAGAAGCCCCCAGAGCCCCUGCCUGGGCUCCUGCUCCCCCAGCAGCCAUGUCGUCCCCACCCCCUGCUCUUGAAGACCGUCACUGCCUCGAUACAUUCCUUGGCAUCCUCUUGGGGAGCCCAGGGCAGGGCAGAGACAGGGCCAAGGGAUGGGGCUGCGGGCCUGCGGGUGAGCUUCCUGCCUGGGUUCCUGGGGCUUCUCCAGCAUCGGCUGCCCUCCCCUGCCUCCCAGUCUCAAUGUCUGACAGCGCAUUAGGUUUUCCUGUCUUUGCUGUUUGAUAAUAAAGAGAUUCUGCUUUUGGCA